AUGUUAGCUGCCAACAACAGCAAAUCCAAUCCUGCAACAUUCCUUCUCACGGGGAUAGCAGGUCACGAAGACAUCCAUCUCUGGAUUGCUAUCCCCUUGUGCAUUAUUUAUGCUACUGUGAUAAUGGGAAAUACAGGUAUUCUGUUCAUUAUAAAAACAGAUCCAAGCCUCCAUGAGCCCAUGUACAUAUUCCUUUCCAUUUUGGCCCUCACAGACCUUAGUGUAUCAAUGACAACCAUGCCGACAACACUGAGCGUAUUCUUGUUUAACUUUAGAGAGAUCAACUUUGAUGCCUGUUUGGCCCAGGUGUUCUUCAACCACUCACUUUCAUACAUUGAAUCCUCUGUGCUCCUGUCGAUGGCCUUUGACCGCUUCAUUGCAAUACGUGACCCACUGAGAUACGCCUCCAUCUUAACCACACCGAAAAUAGCCAAGAUGGGACUGGUGUGUGUGUUAAGAGGGGUGGCUGUAGCAUUCCCAUUCCCCUUUCUCCUGAAACGGUUCCCAUACUGUCGAGCCAAUGUCCUCUCCCAUUCCUAUUGUAUGCACCAGGACAUCAUGAAGCUAGCUUGUGCGGACAUCACAGUCAACAGUACCUAUGGCUUCUUCGUAAUACUCUCCACAGUGGGGCUAGACUCUUUGCUCAUCCUCCUCUCUUAUGUGAUGAUCCUCAAAACAGUGCUGAGCAUCACAUCCCGCACAGAGUGCCUCCGGGCCCUGAACACCUGUGUCUCCCACUUCUGUGCCAUCCUGCUCUUCUACAUACCAAUGCUCGGUCUGUCUUCGAUACACAGAUUUGGGAGUAGCUCAUCUCAGUGGCUUCAGUUACUCUUUGAAUACAUCUACCUGCUGGUGCCACACCUGAUGAACCCGAUCGUGUACAGCGUGAAAUGCAAACACCUGCGUAUGAGGAUCAUCAGGGUGUUCGUCAAGUGA